UCAAGUUGCUUUUCCAAUAACUUCAGUAUAUUUCCCUUUCAUGGGUGAACCCUUCUGAGAAUUCUCUCUUUCAAUGACAAACUGGUGGCAUUCCCUACAUAUUGUCCUUUGGUGUCAUUAUUCAUUUCCAUAGAAAAUCAAGAACUUCCAGUAAGUUGCUAUUUAUUUUAAGAUAUCCCAUAAUUAAAAAAGUAUUUCAGCUGUUUGGCUCAUGAACUCGUAACUCACAUCGUGUGUCCCUCUAGCCCUUUGUGAUGUUCUGUGUCAUAUCCAAAAUUAAGAAGUGAGAUUAAAAACUAAGAAGUGUAAUUAAGAAGCCCUGGUGUGCAGAGAGCAGACUCGUGUUUCCUGUGGAAAUGUCAGGUCAGGAAAGGGGGGUGUUGUGUAUCAGGUUGCCAGAAUGAUUGAUUUGGGUCUGGUCUCUUCCCUGAUGAUGUGUCUGGCUGUUGGAGUCGGCAGCAAAGUUUUUCCACUGCAAUUUUUGUAAUCAAGUAUUGUGGGCUAUUUUUAAUUUUAAUUAAUUCAGCGUAAUUCAAAGUGAUUUGCAGCACACCAUAGUUUUAAUAUCAAAUUAUUUAGACUUAACUAAUUAUUUUGACUGAAAUAACUUUACCUUGUUAAAUGAAAUAUGUCCCAUCCUAUUUCACUGGUCAGCUUUAUCUGGUAGUUGCUCAAGGAAGUGAUAUAAUUUCAAACUUGGUUGUUUGUUUUUUUCUUUUAGUUUUUAAUCUGGUGCCUUUCUCCUGCUGGCAGCAGGAAUGGAGGUAUAGGAAUUAUCUGACUGUAUUUACUGAGCCCAAAUACAGCAGGAGUUGAUAUGAAGGGACAGGUGAUCGGAGCCCUCGUCCUCGCCGUUGGGAUUUAUGCAGAAAUUGAAAGACAGAAGUACAAAACUCUAGAAAGUGCCUUUCUAGCCCCAGCAAUUAUUUUAAUACUUUUGGGCAUUGUAAUGUUCCUGGUAUCCUUUGUGGGUGUACUGGCUUCUCUGAGAGACAAUUUAUGCCUUCUGCAAGCAUUCAUGUACAUCCUUGGUAUCUGCCUGCUGAUCGAGCUGACAGGGGGAGUGGUGGCCCUGAUCUUCAGGAACCAGACAAUCAAAUUUUUGAAUGAUAACAUUAGAAGAGGAAUUGAGAAUUACUAUGACGAUUUAGACUUCAAGAACAUCAUGGAUUCUGUUCAAAAGCAGUUCAAGUGCUGUGGUGGGGAAGAUUAUAGAGAUUGGUCCCAGAACGUGUACCACAACUGUGCAGCUCCAGGACCUCUGGCUUGUGGGGUGCCCUACACUUGCUGCAUCAGGAAUAAGACAGACAUUAUCAACACUAUGUGUGGAUACAAAACCAUUGACCAAGAGCGCUUGAGCGUUCAGCACGUUAUCUACGUCCGAGGGUGCACCAAUGCUGUGCUCAUUUGGUUUUUGGACAACUACAGCAUCAUGGCUGGUGUGCUGCUUGGCAUACUGCUGCCCCAGUUCCUGGGCGUGCUGCUGACGCUGCUCUACGUGACCCGGGUGGAGGACAUCAUCUCGGAGCACAAGCUGGGUCAGAGCCUCUUCGGGGACGCGCGCCGCGGCGCUGAGCCCGACUUCUCGGCGGCCGGCUGCUGCAUGUGCUACCCGGGCUGAGCCUGCAGCCCAAGCCCUGCCAGGCCAGGCCAGCCCAGCUGCUCUGGGGCUGCUGCAGACCCGGCGGGUGCUGAAGCAGCCAGCAGCCGGCGGUGGGUGCGAGCCAGGACGCACCGAAGGCGCCCCACGCGGGGCUGCGGGACAUUAAAUUGCUCCUGAGUGAUUGCUGGGAGAUAACACGGCCACAAAAAAACUGGAGAAGAUCCGAUCUCCAUUCCUAGGAAGUGUCUUCGCGUCUCUGGAUGUGGUAUUUAAGUGUUUGUGCUUCUCCAGCUGUAUUUUCCUACUCCUUCCAGAGAGAUUUCUUACUGAUCCACGUGGUGAAUAUGAAGCCUGUGUUUAACAGUGGGGUUUUUUAUGCUAAUCAUGAUGAAUUUACUGACAAUAAUGGAUGUGAUGCUGAUCGCUUUCAUUGCUCAGUCUUCUGUGCCUUUCAAUAACGGGGCAAAUGCCAGUGUCAAAUCAGUCAGGUAAUGCUCAAUCUAUUUUUUAAUGCAGUUUAUUACUGUGUGGCUUUUGUAUGAACUUACAGGAUGUUUGAGUCUUGGAUGUACUGUAUUUUUCCCCUUUAGUAAAUUAACUAGGUGAUUUAUGACUUUAUAUUUUUUUGGAGUUCUGUAUGUCAAGAUGUUUCUAAAAUUUACUGUCAAAAUAAAACCAAUGAGUCGUUUUUUCUUAAAAAAACCCAAAAAUA